AUGAAGUUCCUCGCUGUCCUUGCCUUCGCGUCUGGCGUCUUCGCCGCCGCCAUGCCCGACCAGUCCGAUCUCAUCACCGAUCACGUUUACUGCCCCCACAAGGAGUGCGCCGAGGUAGAGUGCACGCCGCCUCAGUAUGCUUGCAACGAGGAAUCCACCGGCUGGCUCGUAUGCGACACUGAUGGCACCUGGGUGGACGGUGGAUCGUGCGAGCCGGAUACCACUUGUGAGGCCAUUGAUGACGUACCAUACUGUAUCUAG